CAUACAGCAUUCUCCCUCCCGUCCCCCAGGCCUUCCAUAACAGCACACGUGUGGGAGUUCCGAAGCUAAAUUCAUCGGGAUAUGUGCUCAUUUGUGCUAAACUUUGGGAAGAUAUUUCGUGACUGUUUUGAAAGCAGUGAAGAUUUAAAUUGAAUCUGUGCUCAGAACCAACGUGUAAUUUGAGUUGAGGUUAUGCCAACAGAAACGAUGACGUCACACGGAGGUCAUGACCCCAUGUCGAUGAUGGGUAUCCCGCAUCCUGCAAUGAUUGGAUUACCAUACAACCAGGCGAGCAUGGUGCUGGCCGGGUACAGAGACUGCGCUGCUCAGGCCAUCAGCUACCUGGUGGAAGUGGAACACAUGUCUAUAGACGAUCCCUUUGUGGUAGGAUUACGCAAUCAUCUUCAGGACUAUCAGAAAUCUCCGGACUUUGGGCAACUUUUACGUCAUCAAUUUGACGACGCCAUGACGUCACCAUCACAACACGAACAUUCAUUAGACGAUUCUGGUAUUUCGGAAAGUGACAAUAGCAUUGAACACACGCAUUUGACAUCAUUACAGACAGCAGAUAUAACGCAAUUUGUGUCCAACGGAAGUACAGACAACCGUAGUAUAGAUAUAGGCAACGGGGAGUCGUUAAACCUCCAUGCUUUACAAAACAGUAGUCCAGCUAUUUCAGCACUAGCGCAAGAACUUUUGUACCUUCUAGAGGAAGAGGAAGCGGAGGUAAUGUCGGACUCUGAACCUGAGGAGGAUGUCAUAGAACAGUGAACAUUUUUUGUAGGAGAGUGUUUGUGAGCGUGUUGUAGUACAUGAAGUUGUAGUGUAGUCGUUAUGUAGCCAUGCAAAACGGCACAUAGAACCGAUAGUCGGUCACGUGCAUCCUGGAAACCACAUGUAUUUGUACAAACUUGAUUAUAUUCUCACAUUCUGAAGUCGUUCCUUACUUUGACUUAGUGUAGGAACGACAGAUUUGACUAUCAUCG